AUGAUGGGCAGAGUGCGGAACUCCAUCGAGCGGUCGGGGUGCCAGCCAGCGGACCUCUUCACGAAGAUGGACACCGACGGCAACGGGAAACUGUCGGUGAAAGAGCUUGCGGACGUGCUGUGCAAAAUGGAGCCGGACCUCAAGAGCGCGGACCUCCAGGAGGUCUUCGGAAGGUUCGACGUCAACGGUGACGGAGAGGUGGAGUUGCACGAGUUCCUCCAGGCGCUGCAGAACCCCAACUCUCAGGCCAGCAGCGACCGCGCCAAGAGCGUGGUUACCAGGGUCGCCGCCGCCGUGGGCCGCACGGGCUGCUCGUCGGAGGAGCUGUUCAGGAAACUGGACGCCGACGGCGACGGCAAGCUCUCGGUGCUGGAGCUGGGGAAGAUGCUGUGCGGCCUGCAGCCGGACCUCUCCUUUGCGGAGGUGCACGCGAUCUUCGGCCGCUUCGACCGGGACGGCAGCGGCGAGGUGGAGCUGCACGAGUUCGCGGCCCUGCUCCGGAGCGCGGAGGAGGCGGACGGCGCCGCGGACGUCUCCCGGAAGAGCUCGAGGUUGGCGCGGCUGCAGCGGCACACCGGCGCCAAGGCGGCCGAUCGGGAGGACGCCCCGCCCCCGCUCCAGCAGGAGCGGCGGCGGGAACCGCCGCAGCCCGUCGUGGUGCGGGCCCCGUUCGGCGCACAGGAGUACGCCGCCGUGCCGUUCCAGAACCCCUGCGACCAGGACGAGACGUUCGACAUCACGAUCCUGGAGGGGGCCGGUCCUGUCAUCACCAAGGACAGACGUCGCAGGCACGGGCGGCGCAGCCCGGCGCCCCGGCCGAGGACCUCGGACGGGGUCAUCCCGAUGCAGCCCGCGUGCAGCCUGAGGCUCGUGGACGACCCGAACCGCUGGUCGUGGCUGGUGCUGCGGCGGGGCUUCCGCGCGCCGCCGGCCGGCAACUUCAUGGCCCUCUUCUCCGUCGACGCCGGAGGGCGCCACGGCAAGUUCUCGCUGCCGCGGGGUGCCUCGAUCGAGCUGCCCUUGCGGUGCCUCUCCCUGGAGGGCAUGGUGGGCGGCCGCUGCCUGGGCGGGCAGGCCGCCGCGGAGCGGGUCCUCUCCGAGGUGGAGCAGGCAGGCGCCUCGCGGGCGAGGGCCUUCCUGGUGCGCAUCGGCCGCGGUGGGCGCGUUGAGCGCGAGGUGCAGGUGGUGGUCGAGCCGUGGCCCGCCCCCGUGGACUGCACCCUCCGCUGGUUCGGGGCCUGCGGGGCAGGCGGGGAGCGGCGCGUGCCGGCCGACCUCCUGCGGGCGGGCAUGGGCCCGCCGCGGCCCGGCGUCGCCCCGCCGGGCGCCGUGUACUGCAGCGACGCAGGCGUGGGCGUGAGGUGGGUCAGCGGGAGCCUGGCGCUGCAGGCGCCCUUCCCGACGGCCCCGUCGGCCUGCCCGCGCACCUUCUUCCUGGCCCUCUACGGAGACGGGCUCCGCCCGUUCGAGGACGCGCCGUCUGCGGUGAUCGCGGUGGAGGCCUUCGGCCUCUUUGCCGAGCGCGUGCGGGCGACCGUCGGCCUCCGCUCCGAGGUGGCUCUGCGGGUGCCCGCCAGCGCCAUCUUCGCCAGCGCCCACGGGCAGCUGGCCGCCCUGCCCCUCGCGUGCUCCGCGGCGCCCUCCCUGGCAGAGCCGCUGCGGCCCGCGGUCCUGGAGCCCGGCGGCGGCGUGAGCCUGCAGGUCGCGCUCACGCCGGCGCGCCCCGGGCUGCGGCGCUGCCUGCUGAGCCUGGCGACCCGGGGCGCCCCUGGGCCCGUGGCCGCGGCGCGACACCAGGCCGAGCCGCCUCCCUGGCAGCUGCUGGCCGCGAUCGUGCUGGAGGCGGAGGUGGAGGCCCCCGCCGUUCAGUCGGCGCACGAGGUGGUGCUCCCGAGGCCCGGCGCCGAGUUCCGGCGCGAGCUGGAGUUCUGGAGCCCGGGCGCGGAGGAGAGGCUCUUCCGCGUGAGGUCCUCCGAUCCGGACGCCUGCCGCCUGCUCACCCCGGAGGUCCUCCUCCCGGGCUCCAAGGCCAGCCGCGUGGAGCUGCAGUGCGGCCCGCUGGAGGCCGGCUGCUCGGCGGACGUGUACAUCUUCUUCGACGCCGAGGGCGGCGCGGUGCCACGCCAAGUGCGGCUGCUCCGGCUCUCUUGCGCGGAGGCCGAGCCCGGCUGA